GAAUUUAAGAAAUAUGAUCUGAGGCGGAUGUCAUUUAAUGUCAUGCAGAGUACAGCUGAGAUAGCCAAGGAGUUAACGUAAUCCGCGUAUUCGCGUGUCAUAAUUCAGGACACGUCGGCACUUCGCAAGUUGACGUUCCAUGAUAUGCAUUAUUGUCCAUGAUGUGCAUUAUUGUCUUGUGAGACGGUUAUCUUUGUGAUUCUUCCGCCGGGACCAAGAUGCCAGAACGAAUCGAGAUUGGUAUUAUUCCAAGUAAUUUGAGACACGAAGAAACUAUAGUUCAAAUAGCAGAAGCUCUAGACAAUCUAGGCGAUGCUGUCUCAUAUAUAUUUGAUUGCAUUGAUAGGAGGCUUUCGGAGAAUACACAAAGAUUGACCAACAUUAAAGAGAGAGCUAUGAAGUUGGAGGACAGAUUGCACUAUUUACAAACUAAUUUAAACCUGAAAGCGGUAAAAAUGUAUUCUGCUGCUAAAUAUCCGGCUAAUCACACUUACAAGGAGUAUCAAAUGACUAUACCGUCACAGCGCGAGCAUAUCGCUGCUAUACCAAGCAUUUACAAAUGUUCUGUGCCUAUAAAGGAUAUCCCCGAAGCAUAUUUAUCUUCUAAUUGCAAAACUGAGGACGGUCAAUAUGCCGCGAAUGUCAGCCUCCAAGAAAAGCUCCAAUUUUAUCACGUACGAUCAAAGGCUGGCAAAAAAGAUAACCUUGAGAAUGAUGUAGAACCAUUCCCACCACAAUUAUCCUCAGUUAGUGCCCUCCUACUAUUCGAUAGCAUGGAUAGUCCGUACGAAAAAACGUCCAUGCGAUCAUCACGUCAGUCUGUCAACAAGCAGCAAAUUGAGGAUGCUCCAGAUUCAAUUGUACAACCGUGGCUUUCGUCAGAAAUGGAUGCGUCUUCCAGCUAUUUGUAUACUCCGACUCUUGGAGAGGUUCCUCAAAUAAAUGUACCGCUAACACUCCCAGAUUUACCAGGCAUUGUGGAUGAUGAGAAAUUUGUGCUCGAUCUUAAUUCCCAAAGCCCUAUCGCACCAUCAUCUGCGGUCACGACGCCCACUGUUCGUUUAGAUCUACCGACGCCAAUCAGUGACGAGAGAGACUCUCAGUCGAAGACCGAAGAUAGUGCUCCACACUUGCCAGUUUUAACUGGAGCUUUGACAACUGCAUCAUCACCUGCGCCGCCUCCUCCACCACCUCCUACGGUCACCACAAAUGCAAAUAGUGCUGUGAGCAAUGAAAAAAUCAGUUUUCAAGUUAUGAUACCUCCGCCGCCACCACCACCGCCGCCACCACCACCGAUUGCAGAACCGACCGUGCCUACGUCAAAUGAUGGUUCGGAGAAAAAGAAUAAAACACCGAAUCGUCCGCCUAUGACAACUACAAUGGAUGAUCGUUCUAAUUUGAUGGCGGCGAUACGAGACGCUGGUGGAAUAGGCAGAGCGAAAUUGAGGCCUACUGUACCGGACGAAAAGAAGCGUGAUCGAUGGUCUUCGGCUUCGGUAGGAGGUGAUCUGAUGGCAGAUCUACAUGCAAAACUAGCGUUAAGACGCAAAGGUAUCGCCGGCUCUACGGUAGGAGCUCUGGAGAGAAUGUCGAGCUUAAUACCGCCUCCUCCGAAACCGACUGAAGCGUCUGCGUCGGAUAGAAAUUCCGCCACCAGCGAAUAUGACUCUCAACCUGAUACGGACGAUUGGGAAGAGUGAUCACUACUGUUACGGUAAUUGAUAGAACAGCGUGCUAUUGAAUUAUGAUAAAUGAUCAUGAUAAAUGACAACAUCCGCGCAUGAAGAGACUCAGGGGAAUUUUUUAUUGGAUAAAUUCAAUGAAGUAGA